UUGGCCGUGUCGGUUCGUAGUUUCCCCAAUUCUCCAGUAUUCCGCUUCCCGAUUCUCAAUUCUCUCGCGGUCGUGUGCCGGUUGUUGUUGUUCUCGGUUCUCUUUGAAAUUCCGCUUUCGUGGGUGUAAAUCAAAUCAAAUAAAAUCACACAAUGGCCAGCGAGGACACGAGCUUCAUUCCCGAUCUUCCCAACGGCGGUCCCUUGGCCGUAUACCGAAAGAGGGCCAAUUUCGACUGGAAACGAUUGCGCCUGAUUUUUGAAAAGGAACAGGGAUUGCGUAUUAAGUACAAAGUCUGGCGCUGCCUGGAAAAUGAUCCCCUUUUUGCCCACUCCUCCCGAACGCUGCCAAUGGACGAGCAGAAGCGCCUUUGCGCCAUGCAGGUGAAUCGCAUGAAGCACUUGGAUUUGGUGCCCAAGGAGAUCGAAAAAUUGAGUUUCUCUGCAAAGACCAAGUACUUGAUGUACAUCAACGAGGCAUUGGCCUGCUAUUCACCCAGCUUAUCGGUGAAGAUUGCUUUGGGCGUGGGUUUAUUCAACAAUGCCAUUCGUGCCAUGGGCACUGAAAAGCACACAAAAUAUAUCGAGGCUGCUUGGAAUCGGGAAGUGAUCACCUGUCUGGCCAUCACGGAGCUUUCGCAUGGCAGUAAUACGAAGAGCAUUCGGACGACGGCCACCUAUGAUCCCAAUACCCAGGAGUUUGUGAUCAACACUCCCGACUUUGAGGCCGCUAAAUGUUGGGUGGGAAACCUGGGUAAAACUGCCACUGUGGCCAUGACUUUUGCCAAUCUCUACACAGCUGAUGGUGAGAAUCAUGGGCUUCAUGGUUUCCUGAUUCCCAUUCGUGAUCCCAACACACUGCUUUCGUAUCCCGGAGUCCUGGUUGGCGAUAUUGGAGAGAAGUCUGGUCUGAAUGGCAUUGACAAUGGCUUUGUGGUGUUCACCAACUAUCGCAUUCCCCGCGACAAUCUCCUCAACCGCACCAGUGACGUAACGCCGGAAGGGGUUUACGAAAGUGUAUUUACCGAACCAGGCAAGGUUCUUGGAGCAGCACUCGAAAGCUUCUCCGCCGGACGCAUAGGCAUAAUGCAGGAAUCGGCUAAUACCUUGUGUAGUGCCGCCGUAAUCGCUGUUCGUUAUGCCGCCGUGCGAAAGCAAUUUGGCCCAGAGCGACAAGGCGAGGAGAUGGCCAUCUUGGAGUACCAACUGCAUCAAUAUCGCAUCUUCCCCUAUCUGGCAGCUGCCUGCGUCCAAAAGAUCGCCACUGAAGAGCUGACCAACACGUACAUGGAGAUCAUAGCCCGUUCCCAGGCGGAUUCCAAUGGUUUUGAUAUUUUGACUCAGAAUGCUGCGGAGAUCCAUGCCUUGAUCUCUUCUUCGAAGCCUUUGAUAACUUGGUCAGCUCGGGAUGCCAUCCAGGAAGCUCGUGAGGCUUGUGGUGGUCAUGGCUAUUUGGCAGCGGCUAAACUUGGUAAGAUGCGCACUGAUCAUGAUCCCCUGUGUACCUACGAGGGCGAUAACAAUGUGCUGGGACAACAGGCUUCCAACUGGUUGCUUCGCCAGUGGAGCGCCAAGCAACUGGAGACGCCCAUUGGCAGUGUGAAGUUCCUGGAGCAACGAAAGGAAUUGCUUGCCCUUAAUUAUGCAUCCUUGGUGCAGAAGACUCCGAUAACCAGUUGGCAAUUCUCCCUCAGGUGCUACGAGUGGCUGUUGUGCCAUUUGAUGGCUCAAACCACAGAUCACAUCAACGGCCAGUUGGCAGCGGGAAACAGUCGCUUUGAGGCCAGAAACAACUCCCAGGUGGCCGGAGCUCGGGAGUUGUCUUUAGCCUAUGCAGAGUACUAUGCCCUGACGAGCUAUGUGGAUCAUGUUAGUAAACUAAAAGUGGAGGCCACAUAUGCCUCAGUGCUUCGGCUGCUGUUCGAUGUCUAUGCCAUGUGGCUGCUGGAGAAGCAUAUGACCAGCUUUUAUGUGGGUGGCUUUGCUAGUCGGGAUUUCUCGGCUGCAGUGCGUCAUCUGCUAUUGGAUAGUUGCCUCAAACUGAAGGAUAUGGCUGUGAGCAUAGCAGAUGCCAUUUCGCCACCCGAUUUUGCCCUGAAUUCGGUUAUUGCCCGGGCCGAUGGUCUGCUUUAUGAGAAUUUGCAAAAUGAAUUUAUGACCAAUGAGGGGGCCUUCCAACGGCCCUCCUGGUGGCGUGAUGUCAUUCUACCGAGGGCUCAAUCAAAACUUUAAGGAUUCCCACCGAGUUGUCCAGGAGACGAGGAUGAAGACAAGUGCCUGACUUGGAAACUGAAGCGUUCGGCUGGCGCGAAGCAAACCAAGUUUAAUUCUAAUUGUUGUUGCCUCAAUGGUGAUCAGGUAUUAUGGCAAGCUACAUUCGCAACGAUCCUAGUAAAACGUUUUUUUUAUCAUAUACCAACUAUAUCAUACAUUCGAGUAUUGUAAGAUGAAAUCUGUUACUAGUUUACGUUAAAAUGAGUUAAAGUGAAAUGUAUAAAAUGAGUUAAAUAAAAUGUAAAAGAAAAACAGAUAAAGGUUUCAAUGUUACUUUUCCUAAAAAGGUGUCUAGAGUUAAUAAAAUUGUUUUUAAAUAAAGUAAAAAGAGGUAGUUAAAGAUGAAAAUGCAAUUAGUAAGCUUGAAUAAGAAAGUGACACAAACCUAAAUACUUUUUUGCAAUGUUAAAAAGUUGAUGAUUUUCUUUAAGCUUUUUUAGCUCAUACUAAAAAAGAUAGUAUAUUGACCUAAAAGUUAUAUCAGAAAGAAGAAAC